AUGUACCGAUCCCCUAGCUUUCGGUCAAUUGAAAAGAUCUCUACUCUUAUCGGACAAAGUAUUAAGAAUCCUAUAGUGCUCAACUCUCAAGAGUCAAAGCAGCUUCUCAACUUGUUAACUACGACGUUCCGCCGACAGCUUGAUAUUGCGCACUCAAGUCCUGAAAAAGCUCAAUUCCAUCCAAAUAACUCAUCAAAAUCUAUCCCUCAAACGCAGAAGCUUAGCAACAUAUCAAAUGCAAGGAAUAACUCUGUAGAUGCCCUACUCUACCAAGUCUUGACAAAUCCAGUUCUUGCGAACUCUAAAAAUACAUAUGCUGGAACAAGCAAAUCUACACAAGGCCCCACGGAUUAUUUUGACAAAGCUGUUGCUGCUGGACUAAUGGAUCUAAAGCACGCGGGUGCUUAUUUACACGCUAGACUGACUCAAAUAAUAUUAUCUGACACGAAGGACAUUCGAUCUGCUAUGAAGGCUUCUGGGGUAGGACUGAAAGUUUUAAAAUGGCUCACAUCUAGUAAUGACUAUAAGGAACUACUUUUUUUAAAGGAUGAAAAGUUUAUGCAUCUUUUCGUACGCUAUCUGGUGGCAGAAGGUCUUCAAGCAUAUGUAUGGGUAUGGGCUCAUAGAAGAUUGCAAAGUAUUCCGUUAAAAAAAUCCUCUCACUACAGCGACAGUUAUAAAUCUGAAUAUCGUAGCGCUAUAUUACCGUUAAUGGUAUUAAUCAAGAGUGAAAUUUUUAAAGCUGCCAACUUGAGCUCCGCAUACAUGUGUCUACAGAAAGCUGAUGAAUACCUGCAAAAUUUAUCGGCUCAGAGAAUGACGACUCCUCUCUGGUUACCAGGUUUAUAUCUUUUCAGAAAAACAAUAUUUUCGUUCGAUGAAAUGAAGCCUCCAAGUGAAUCUGCAUUCGAAUCUUUUAUAGCCCUGGUACCCCGAAUUACUACCAAACCUCUCCGAAUCUACAGCCAUUUGUAUUUACUACAUCCUACAAAACCUAGUGCUGAUCUAGCUCUGAAAUACCUCCGUCAGCUGAGUCAGACAGAUGUUUGUGAUCUUUCACUUCGAGAGCGUAAAGAGAUUACACAACUUAUCGUUCGGACUGCCGGGUUCCUACACGAUAAUGGAUCUACUAAAAAUGCUGAUUGGGUUAUGAAUUCAAUGCGAUCUUGGCUCCCACAUCACCAAGGUUCUGAAGCCAGAAAACACCAGGAAAAGUCAGAGUUGUCGAGACUUUACAGCAUUGAUAGUCUUGAACUGGUGAAUAUAGAGCCAGCUUAG